AAAAAGUGCUUUUAAACAGCAUAUUUCUCGAAGAAAUUACAAUGGAAAAGGAAGAAUCUUAUGGGGAUGAUACUUGGUCGACUCAAUAUCGUUGGAUUCAAGAUUCUUGUGAAUCAACAAUCCAUCCAAGUAUCAAUGAUAUGUCAUUUCAUAAUUCGAAUUUUUUGCAGCAUGAUAUAAACCCAAUUAAAACGGAAAAGAUCCGACGAUUAGCAAGAUUAUUAGAUGAUACACAAAUGUCUACAAAAACAAUUAAAAAAGAAAUUACAUUGAGGACACCGUAUAUCGCUUCGGACUCCAUAUCGAAUAAAAAGGAAUAUUCUCAAGAAAUUCGUGGAUCUGCAUCAUUUUUAAAUAGCCAGCUUGACGCAGCAUUAUCUUUUGACAAACACAUGAAUAUGCACUUAAAUAAUAAAGAUUCCACGUCGUCUAAAUCCUCAAGUAGUAUCCCUACAUUAACAGCAAAUAAUGAUCAAUCUUUUCUAGAACCUUCAUUACUUGAAUCAUCUGGUGUUUCGAGCUGUACAGCACAAAGUUCAUCAUCUAUUACUUUUUCUAAGAAAAAUCGUCAAGAAACAUCUCCUCAUCCUGAAACACAAUCUAGGAAGUCGCCAAACAAAAGUGACGUCUCUUCUAGUUUUUCCUGGAGUUCUGAAACGGUUAAAGAGUAUUUAAAUGAGAUAUUGGAAGAAAUAUAUCAGGAAAAAAAAGAGGAAAUAAAGUUAUUUCAUAAAUCAAAUCAUUAUAAACGAUUUUUAGGUCAAAAUACAGGCACAACACAAGAAAAUGCUAAUUUUUUAGAAAAUUUAAUUGAUAAAAAAGGGGAAGCUUCUAAGAAAUCUGAAAAUAUAUUAGAUCUUAUGAAAGAAAAAAUAUUUUUGGAUACACAUGAUUCUAAUCAUUAUACAAAUAUAUCUGAAAAUCAAAAUUCUUUAAAAUUGCAAAUAAAAGAUCAAUCUAAGCCUUUAUCUGAUGAAAAUACACAUAUUUCUCCACGGAAAAAUGAAACUAAUAACUCUUAUAUUCAGGAUUCAUUUGUUAAUGCAUCUAAUCAUUUUUUAAACAAGGCUACGCCUUACAGGAAUUCACCAAGUAUUUUGAAUAAAAAACAAACUGAUGACCAAAAGUAUACAGAAAUAAAAUCUAGACAGACAAAUUUCGAGACACAAUAUUCAUAUGAAGAUCAUAACAAAUAUAAAGAAGAUAUUAUUAACAUUCAAAAUUCUCUUAAACAACUAGCAAGUGAAUAUGAUCGCAGGGGAAAUAUGAUAGAUAAGUUAAUUGAUGAAUUUUCUGCUUUAAAAUCAGAAACUAAAAAUCAAAAUGAUGAAAAUGCUUUAAAAAUAUCUUUUGAUGAGACCAAAAAACAUGCUCUUUUUGUAGAAAAAGAUCUUGACGCUGCUAGAUUAGAAAUUGCUGAUUUAAAAACAAUUUGUCAUGAUUUAAUUGAAGCAUUGAAAAUAAACCCACAAAAUAUUCAAAAAUACUAUCCGUCUACACCAAAAGCAGGAAAUGAGGAAUCAUUAAAAGAAAAAAUGAUGCGUUGGAAAACGCAUCUUUCUCCUCAAUUUUCUCCAAUACAAAGCACAAAACCUUUUUGUUUUUCUCAGAAUGCAAAUACUUGCGAUAGAAAAGAACCAUUACAUGAUUUAAAUAUUCCGGCAAAUAUACAGAGUCCUCGGCAAAAAAUACCAUCUGUUUCAGAUAAACAAAAAGAAAUAUCUGAAAACUUCCCUGUAACUCAAACACCUCGUACUGAUAAUGAAACUUUAUCUAAUGAAAAGAUUUAUGAUCUUAAAAUGCAGCUCGAAAAAGCAGAACAAGAGAUUGAAAGAUUAAGAUCAAUUAUUCCUAAUGUAUCACAUGAACAUCAUACAAGACCAAUUACUCCACAAAAUAUGCCAGAUGCUCAUAAACCAAUUUCUAAAGCCGAAAAAAUCUAUUAUAGUUUACAACUUUAUAAAAUAGAUAAACUUUGUUCUAAUGAAACAUCUAAUCUUCUUAAGAAUAUUCUUAUUCAACUUAAUAUACCGUUUGAUUCUCUUCCAGAAACUAUUACGAGUAUCAGAUAUCAACUUCAACAAAGCUUACGACUUAGAGAGUUUGCGGAAGAAGUCCAUUUAAGCUUGUAUGAAGGAGAACCGAUGGAUCCUAAGCUUGUAAGCAAAAAAUGCUUAGGCGAUAUGAUUACAAAGGUAGAUCAGCUAGCAAGAUCCUCAAGAAGGCGAAGGAUACGACGUAGUAUAAUCUAAACAAUUAGAAAAAUUAUGCUUCAAGUCUUUUAAUAUAUAUUAAACGUUUUGUUGUAUUAUUACGGUUUCGAGUACAUUUGUUAUUAAAUGUAUUAUUUUUGGUUUUCUUUUUGAAAGUGC